AUGGCUGCUGACUCAUCAUCCCAAUUCCAGAUAGGUGCCCACGUGGAGGUCACGAGCCCAGUCCACAACAUGCGCGGCUCGCUUUUCCCGGCCAGGAUCGUCGCCGCCUCCGCCGACGGCACCAGAUUGACCGUCGAGUACGACAAGGUCAAGACCAGGCUCUACCGCAAGGUCACCGGGCACAGCUCCGUGCGCGACGAGGUCCACGCGGCGCUCAUCAGGCCGUCGCCGCCGCGGGAGGAGGGCUUCGCCGGAUUCAAGGUCGGCGACGGCGUCGACGCGUUCUUGGCCGGCGGGUGGUGGGAGGGAGUGGUGACGGAGGAGCUGGACGACGCGAGAUUCGAGGUGUUCUUUCAGGUUGUGAGGCAGAGAUUUGAGUUUGAGGCGGAGGAGAUGAGGAUUCAUAGGGAGUGGGUCAAAGGGGCUUGGGUUCCUCCUAUUAGAGAAGAAGAGAAGGAAAAGAAGGCACAGCUGAAGGAAGAAAUUCGAAAAGGGACAGAAGUUGAGGUUUCUAACGAUGAGGAUGGAUUUCAAGGCUCAUGGUUUGCAGCUACGGUUGUCCAAGUAGUGGCGAAUGCCAAAUUUCUUGUUCGGUAUAAGAGCUUGAAGACAGAUGAUGGUAAAGAGUUCUUGACAGAAGAGAUUGAUGAAGAGCACUUGAGGCCUUGUCCCCCUGAAACUUAUAUGGUUGAUUGUUACGGUCUGAAUGACCUGGUUGAUGCUUACUGGAAUGAGGGAUGGUGGGAAGGUAAGAUAUGUAAGGUGCUACAUGGGGGAAGGUACAGGGUUUUCUUCGAGGGUACUGAUGAUAAAAUGGUCUUUGACCACUCUGAUUUAAGGCCACGCCAAGUUUGGAUAGAUGGAACUUGGGUUAUGGCUUCUCAGGCACUCACGCAGUGA